CGAGCCUCCGGCCGCCCGCCGGGGUUUGUCCCGCGAUCCCCGACCAUGCCCGCCGACCUCAGCGGUACCUGGACCCUGCUCAGCAGCGACAACUUCGAGGGCUACAUGCUGGCCCUAGGUAUUGACUUUGCCACUCGUAAAAUAGCCAAGUUGCUGAAGCCACAGAAAGUGAUUGAGCAGAAUGGGGAUUCUUUUACCAUCCACACGAACAGCAGCCUAAGGAACUACUUUGUGAAAUUUAAAGUUGGAGAAGAAUUUGAUGAAGAUAACAGAGGCCUGGACAACAGAAAAUGCAAGAGUUUGGUUAUCUGGGACAAUGACAGGCUCACCUGUGUCCAGAAGGGAGAAAAGAAGAACAGAGGCUGGACCCAUUGGAUCGAAGGAGACAAACUCCACCUGGAAAUGUUCUGUGAAGGUCAAGUGUGCAAACAGACAUUCCAGAGAGCCUGAUCCACAUCCAGCAGCAGAGCCCACUUGUGGCUGCAGCUUUAUGCCAAAUUAUAUUGCAGACCGAACAGAUGUUUAUCUAUCCCAUUUGGUGAUGAGGACUCGUGGCUGGAGAGAGCCACACAGCGUGUAACCUGAAGUCAUCUAGAUUAUGGGGAAACUGCUCAGCUUCAAUAAACCUGUCCAAAUGAC